AUGCUAAAGAAAGUAAAUCAUUUCUUCUCAGUGAAUUAUAUUCGACUUCUUAUUUUUUCGAAUUCUGUCGUCUUUGUGCUUUUUGCAAAGCGAAUAGCAGCUUCAACAAAUACAACUCCCGUUUCGAUCCACAUCUCCCCGGAUACCUAUCCUACGGCCCGACGAGACGACACCACUUUUGAUGACUUCCACGGCACAAAGGUUUCUGAUCCGUACCGUUGGCUGGAAGAUCCAGACUUACCGGAGACAAGAAGAUUUGUGGAUGAGCUAAAUGGAAUUUCCGAACCAUUCUUAGCUCAGGCGCAUAAUCGUGAGCAGAUAAAGACACGGCUAACCAAACUUGUGAACUAUGAGCGGUAUAGCCCUCCAUCAAAGCAUGGAAGUUUUUACUACUACAGCCACAAUACCGGUUUGCAAAAUCAAGACGUUAUCUACCGACAGAAAUCAACCAAAGAUGAAGGCGAGGUCUUCUUGGAUCCAAAUGAAAUAUCUGUGGAUGGCACUGUAUCAAUGGGACCAACAAAAUGGACCAUAGAUGGGUCAAUACUCGCCUACGGCUUGAGCGAAAACGGCAGCGAUUGGGUUACCGUAAAGUUUCGCGGUGCUGACAAGAAAGAUUUGGAAGAAAUCAUCGAUGGAGUAAGACAUUCACAACUAGCGUGGUUAAAAGACAAUAGUGGUAUUUUUUACAGCCGAUAUCCCUUCCACAAGACCAACACGAAAGGUUCAUCAACAGAGAAGAAUGAAUUCCACUCUCUCUAUUUUCAUCGUAUGGGAACCGAUUAUAGAAAGGAUGUGCAUGUUUACGACAGAAAAGAUCACCCCGAUGAUUUCAUCUUUGCAAAGACGUCGGAGGAUGGAAAAUAUCUAAUUAUCUCCGCUUCUCAUGGAGGCCUUUACAACGCACUAUAUUAUUACGACUUAUCAACUUUCAAAGUGAACAAGGGGAACGUUGGAAAGAUCACUCCGAAACCUUUAUUCGACAAAAUGGAUGCUAAAUAUCUGUAUAUUGACCAUGAUGAGGACUCCAUGCUGAUAAUGACGAACCGAGAAGCACCUAAGUUUAAAUUGAUCCGUAUCUCCCUCAAAAAUGGAUCUGUGUGGGACGUCGUUCCGGAACAUAAACAUCAUAGAAUGGAAUCUGCUUUCGCAGCUGCGAAUAAUUAUCUGUUUUUGACAUACAUAGAGGACGUCAAGCAUACUUUACAUAUUCAUGAUCUUGCGACUGGUCUCCGAUUACACACUUUGCCAUUGGAAACUGGGUCAGUAUCCAGAAUCGUUGCCAAAAAAUCGCGCAGCGAAGUGUUUUUCGAAUUCAACUCCUUCACUAUUCCUGGAAUCAUUUAUAAAAUCAACUUCGAACUAAUGGACAAGAAAAAUGUUCCGUUACUGGAGGAAUUACGAUGCAUUCACGUAGAAGGUAUAAAUGGAGAGGAAUUUGCUGUGCAGCAGGUGUUUUAUGAAAGCAAAGACAAUACCAAGAUUCCGAUGUAUAUCAUUUCAAUGAAGAAAAUAUCACGGAACAGUGAAAACCCCACUUUGUUGAUAGGUUAUGGAGGUUUCGGCAUUCCCUUAAUGCCGCGAUUCUCAUCUUCUUACAUCCUGUUUUUGAAAUAUUUCAAGGGCAUCAUAGCAGUAGCGAACAUCCGAGGUGGAGGAGAGUAUGGUGAAACCUGGCAUGAAAGCGGGAUGAGAGAGCAUAAACAAAAUGUUUUCGAUGAUUUCAUUGCUGCUGCUGAAUAUCUUAUCAACAAUAACUACACAAGCAGUAAAAGAUUAGCCAUUUACGGUGGCUCUAACGGAGGUCUCCUCGUAGCUGCGUGUUCACAGCAGCGUCCUGACCUUUACGGAGCUGUGAUAGGUGGUGUAAGCGUUCUCGACAUGCUGCGAUUCCACAAAUUUACAAAUGGAGCUGCAUGGAUACCCGAAUAUGGUAACCCAGAUGUCAAGAGUGAUUUUGAGUUUAUAUACAAGUAUUCACCUCUUCACAACAUUCGAUUCCCCGUUGAUGGACAAUGGCCGUCUACUCUGAUGUUGACAGCGGACCACGAUGAUCGCGUGGUUCCAAGUCAUACUCUGAAGUACGCCGCAACCUUGUAUGAAUUGGUCAAAAAGCAUCCUAACCAAACCAACCCUCUUUUAUUCCGAAUUGAACGCAAAGCUGGUCACGGUCAAGGAAAACCCUUAUCUAAAAGGAUCAACGACGAAAUUGACAAGUACAGCUUCCUACAAAUGAGAGUGAAUCAAUCCUUCUCAAUGACUUAUGCUGGACUUCUGACUAUGUCGAGAUUUUUCGUACUGAUACUCCUUGGGAAGCUACUAGCUGCCUCAAGAAAUGCAACAACACCUGAUUCGAUCCAGAUCUCUCCGAACACAUAUCCUGCUGCUCGACGCAACAACAACAUCUUUGAUGACUUCUUUGGCACAAAGGUUGCUGAUCCAUACCGUUGGCUAGAAGAUCCAUACUCACCAGAAACACAUAGAUUUGUAGACGAGCUGAAUGCGAUUUCGAAACCAUUCAUAGCUCAAGCGCCUAGUCGUGAGCAGAUAAUGAAAAGGCUCACCAAACUUAUGGAUCAUGAGCGAUACGGCCUUCCAUCAAAGCAUGGAAACUUUUACUACUACGACUACAAUACUGGCUUGCAAAAUCAAGACGUCAUCCAUCGACAGAUAUCAACCAAAGAUAAAGGGGAAGUAUUCCUGGAUCCAAACGAAAUAUCUGCGGAUGGCACUGUAUCCCUGGGGCAAACAGAAUGGACCAUAGAUGGGUCACUUCUCGCCUACGAAUUGAGUGAAAACGGCAGCGAUUGGGUUACCGUAAAAUUUCGCGGUGCUGACAAGAACGAUCUGGACGACGUCAUCCAUGGAGUGAGACACUCAAAACUGGCGUGGUUAAAAGACAAUAGUGGUAUUUUCUAUAGCCGAUUUCCCUUCCACAAGGCUGACACGAGAGGUACAUCAGUAGAGAAGCAUGAAUUCCAUUCACUCUUUUUCCAUCGUAUGGGAACCGAUUAUAGAAAGGAUGUGCUUGUUUACGACAGAAAAGAUCACCCCGAUGAUUCUAUUCAAGCAGAGGUUACGGAGGAUGGGAAAUUUCUGAUCAUAUACAUUUCACGAGGAUUUAGUAACGCUAUAUAUUAUUACGACUUAUCAAAUUUUAAAGAAAACAAAGGAUACACUGAAAAAAUCGAUCCAAAACCUUUACUCGACAAAAUGGAUGCUCUUUAUCAAUAUGUUGACCAUGAUAAGGAGUCGAUGCUGAUAUUGACAAACCGGGAAGCACCCAACUAUAAAUUGAUCCGUGUCUCCCUCAAGAAUGGAUCUACGUGGGAUGUCGUUCCGGAACAUAAACAACAUAGAAUGGAAUCAGCUUUUGCAGCGGCAAAUAAUCGUCUGAUUCUCACAUACAUAGAGGAUGUCAAGAAUACUCUUUAUAUUCAUGAUCUUGCAACUGGUCUCCGACUACACGGUCUGCCAUUGGAACCUGGGUUAGUAUACGACAUCGUUGCUAAGAAAUCACGCACAGAAGUGUUUUUCGAAUUUACGUCCUUCAUUAUUCCUGGGAUCAUUUAUAAAAUCAACUUUGAACUAAUGGGCAAGAAAAAUGUUCCGUUACUGGAGGAAUUACGACGCACUCGCGUGGAAGGUAUAAGUGGAGAGGAAUUUGCUGUGCAGCAGGUGUUUUAUGAAAGCAAAGACAAUACCAAGAUUCCGAUGUAUAUCAUUUCAAUGAAGAAAAUAUCACGGAACGGUGAAAACCCCACUUUGUUGAUAGGUUAUGGAGGUUUCGGCAUUCCCUUGAUGCCGGAUUUUUCUUCUUCAAACAUUUUGUUUCUGAAAUAUUUCAAGGGCAUCAUAGCAGUAGCGAACAUCCGAGGUGGAGGAGAGUAUGGUGAAAUCUGGCAUAAAAAUGGGAUGAGAGAGCAUAAACAAAAUGUUUUCGAUGAUUUCAUUGCUGCUGCUGAGUAUCUUAUCAACAACAACUAUACAAGCAAUAAAAGAUUAGCCAUUCAAGGUGGUUCUAACGGAGGCCUCCUCGUGGCUGCGUGUGCGCAGCAGCGUCCUGAUCUUUACGGAGCUGUGAUAGGGGAAGUGGGCCUUCUCGAUAUGUUGCGCUUUCACAAAUUCACAAGAGGAGCCGACUGGAUAUACGAAUACGGUAACCCAGAUGUCAAGAAUGAUUUUGAGUUUAUAUACAAGUAUUCACCUCUUCACAACAUUCGAUUCCCCGUUGAUGGACAAUGGCCGUCUACUCUGAUGUUGACAGCGGACCACGAUGAUCGCGUGGUUCCAAGCCAUACUCUGAAGUACGCCGCAACCUUGUAUGAAUUGGCCAAAAAGCAUCCUAACCAAACAAACCCUCUUUUAUUCUGUAUUGAACACAAAGCUGGUCACGGUCAAGGCAAGCCCUUAUCUAAGCAGAUUGACGGAGAAGUUGACAAAUUCAGCUUCCUACAAAGGGUAGCUAUUGCUGCACACGAGAUCGGUCAUGCGCUUGGCUUAUGGCAUACACAGUCAAGACAUGAUCGCGACAAAUUCAUCACCUUCAACGCGCACAAUGUUAAGCGUUCCUGGCUGGAUCAAUUUGUAAAAGAAAGCACAGAGACUAAUAAAAACUAUGGAAUCACCUAUGACUACGGAAGUAUAAUGCACUAUGGAACCACUAGUGCAUCAGCAAAUGGAGACCCUACAAUGGUCCCAAAUGAUCCAAAAUAUGCGGAAACACUCGGCUCACCGUUCAUUUCUUUCUACGAGCUGCUUAUGUUGAACACACACUACGACUGCUUAGGCAUGAUUAUAAGCAUCACCCCACGAAUCUGA